AUGGCGAUGUGUGCAGUCUGUAACAGAUCAAUAACUGCUAAGCAGAUAAAGAUAACGUGCUGUGAUUGUGAGAAAGACUUCCAUGGGUCAUGCGUUAAAGUAAGUAAAGCUGAUAUUGAGUAUCAAACUGGUGCUGGAAUUGUAUGGAGAUGCGAUCCAUGUAAUGAGGCACGACGGCGCAGUAUGUCAUUUGAAGAUGAGGCCAGUGAUGGUAAGUUGACGCUUAAUGAUAUCUUGAAAGCUAUACAAGAACUUACAAGUGAGCAUAAAUCAUCAGUUAAAGAUUUCAACACUUCAUAUGAAGUAUUAAAUGAUAAGCUAAACGAGAAUACCUUGUUACUUAAAGAGCAGACUACAAAAAUUACAGAAUACAUGGAGAAGAUUGACCAACUCUCAAUAGAAAAUAAAAUAUUGAAAGAUAGAAUUCAAGUGUUAGAGGACAAGUUGGACGAGACUGACCAGUAUUCUAGAAGAAAUUGCGUUGAAAUCCAGGGUGUGCCAGUUAAGGAUAAUGAUGUGAUGCAAGCAGUGAAGGAUGUGGGUAGUGCCUUGGGAUUUGAUAUUCAGGAUACCAUGAUUGACGCAUGCCACACUCUAGGAAAGAAACCUAAUUCCAAGGAUCCUCCUGGAAUUAUGGUCAAAUUCGUGAGAAGAAUGGAUGCGGAUACAUUAUUGGCAAAAAGAAGAGUUAAGAAGGACCUUUCUACAAGGCAUCUGAACUUGCCAACGGACAGUCCUGUUUAUCUGAACGAGUCAUUAACCCCAAUGAGAAGGAAGCUGCUAGCUAUGGCAAGGGAUGAGAAGAGAAAACAAGGCUACAAGUGGUUGUGGGUGCGGAGAGGAAACAUUUUUCUAAGAAAAGUCGAUAAUGGACCGCUGAAUGUGGUUGUCGUGGCUAACCAAACUCAAGGACACGUGCAGCAGCGGGACUACACGACCGUGAGCAGUUUCGAGUCUCGACGCGGCCACCGUGCGCCGCUGCCAACACAGCCAGUCGCUGCCCGCCGCCGAAAUAUCCCUGCUCUGUCACUAAUCACUGUCACGAGCGGUCCUGGCCUAUCUACCCGCUGCGAGUGUUGCUGA